AUGGGGUUUCAGAGCGCGACCCUCGCCGCAGCCAACGCUACUCCUGUCGCGUUCCGAACCAGCAGCUUGAGCAGCCAGACUAAGCCCGAACACGGUUGUAGCAGCAGCUACAUCCAGGUCCCCCACCGCAUCGCGUCUUCCCCUUCACUCCUCCGCGCAACGACGUACCCCGCACACGUCCGCAGGCAAAAUUUGGCAAUUCCGCUGCGCGUUACGGCGGAAACUUCCCCCGCAGAUACUGCCAAGCCUGGCGGCCCCAAACCUGGCGGUUCCAAGCCUAGAGACGUGACUCCCGCCGCCGCUGCUGCUGCUGACGGUCCGGGGGUUGUAGCGGGAGCUACUGCCGUCCUGGAGGCGCCUGCGGUGCUUCAGCCGUCGACGGCGGCCGGCAGCGACCCAGAUGCGGUCCGGCUGGUACCGCGAGUGGAAGAGCGCGAGGGGUAUUGGGUCCUAAAGGAGGAGUAUAGAACGAGUCUUAAUCCCGCGGAGAAGAUUAAGAUUGCCAAGGACCCGAUGACGCUGAUCGCGGAAGGCGGUAAGGCGCUUCGGGAGCUGGCUUUAAAGACGAUGGCGGAGGUGGACGGGAGUAAGGAGGCGAAGGACGACAUCGACUCGCGGCUCAAGUGGCUGGGGCUGUUUCAUCGCCGCAAGCAGCAAUACGGUCGCUUCAUGAUGCGCCUGCGGUUACCCAACGGCAUCAUUACGAGCGAGCAGACGCGCUUCAUCGCUGACGUCAUCAGUCGUUACGGCGAGGAGGGCGUGGCGGACAUCACGACGAGGCAGAACUGGCAGAUCCGCGGGGUGACUCUUCAGGACACGCCGGACAUCAUUGAGGGGUUGAACAAGGUCAACCUUCGAUUCAUCCAGAGCGGAAUGGACAAUGCGCGCAACGUGGUGGGCAACCCACUGGCGGGGAUCGACCCCCUCGAGAUCAUCGACACACGCCCCUUCUGCCAAGCCAUCGAUGACGUCAUCACGGGCAAUGGGGCGGGCAACAGGGCUCUGUCCAACCUUCCGCGCAAGUGGAAUGCCAGUGUGGUGGGCUCACACGACCUAUUCGAGCAUCCCCACAUCAACGAUCUCGCCUUCAUGCCGGCCCUCCGCCGAACCUCGGACGAAGGUUCGGAGGGGGAGAUGGGGUUCGAGAUGCACGUGGGAGGGUUCUUCAGCAGCAAGCGGUGCGAGGAGGCGAUUCCGAUGGACGCGUGGGUGCCAGCUCAGCCUGCUGACGUGGCGGCUGCCAGCAGGGCAGUGCUGGAGGCGUUCCGGGACCUUGGGAGCCGCAGCAACCGGCAAAAGACGAGGAUGAUGUACCUUAUAGAGGAUCUGGGCAUGGAGGUGUUCCGAGCUGAGGUGGAGAAGCGCAUGCCCAAUGGCCACCUGCCACGUGUCAGCUCCACCUCUCAUCUCACCACCAACGGGGUGCAUCCCCAGAAGCAGCCUGGGCUGGUCUAUGUGGGCCUGCAUGUGCCUGUGGGCCGGGUUCACCCAUCGACCCUGCACGAGCUCGCGCGAUUGGCCGAGGAGUAUGGCUCGGGGGAGGUUCGGCUGACUGUGGAGCAGAACGUGAUUAUACCGAACGUGCCUGAGGGGAGGGUGGCGGAUCUGCUGAAAGAACCGCUAUUGGUCGGUGGGAGUGGAGAGGUGGCAACGGGGGGAGAGAAAGGGGAGGGAGAGGCGGGGGCGGAGGAGGGGAAGGGGGAAGUGGGGAAAGGCGAGGGAUUGUAUGGGUUGAGUGCGCAGCCGGGGAAUCUGAUGGGGUCCCUGGUGGCGUGCACUGGUAACCAGUUCUGCGGACAGGCCAUCAUUGAAACCAAGCAGAGGGCGUUGCAGGUCACGCGACAGCUGGAAGAGACUUUGAAUCUGCCCGAGCCAGUGAGGAUCCACUGGACCGGCUGCCCGAACUCUUGUGGGCAGGUACAAGUGGCAGACAUCGGGCUGAUGGGAUGCAUGGCAAGAGACGAAAACAAGAAGCCCGUGGAAGGAGUUGACAUCUAUCUGGGUGGCAGAAUCGGAUCUGAUUCUCACCUGGGGCAGGUGCACAAGGCAGGUGUACCCUGUAAGGACCUGGUACCUGUUCUUCAGGAUAUACUUGUGGAGAGGUUUGGUGCAACUAGAAAGUAA